AUGAGAGAUUUUAGUCGAAGUUCGGCUUUCUCCUUUCUGUGGUCUUCCAUGUAUUUGGCUCUUAAUGCCUUUCACUUGCUCUUGCUCUGGAAUGAUAAGAAGUCGGUUAUGUCAACACAAACACACUGUGCAGGAUAUGAGAAGGCGCAAAUACAUGAACUGCAAGCUGAGUGA